CCGGUCGGAGUGUUUUUACCCCUAAAAAAAGUGAAAAAAAUUAAAUUAAAAAAAAAACAGAAAUUUUGACGUCGUUAUAAAUUGAAAUUUGAAAUCAUUUCGUCAUUUACUUAUUUUCCGUUUAAUUCAAACGUGUGGCGCUAAGUAAUAAAAAGUUUAUUACACACAGUUUAUUGUACAAAAUAUUAUUAUAAUUAAUAAUAAAAAUUAAUAAAAAAAAACACACACAUUGCAAACAUAAAAAAGUGGUAAUAAAACAAAUAUACGUGUUUUUAUUACAAUUUAAUUAAUACGCGUGUGAGUGAUAUUGAAGAAAAACUUUUAUUUAGAAAAAAAAAAUAAUUUAAUUUGCGCUUAAUAUAUGACUCUGCUGGCGUCAAUUAAAAUAAAAACAUUUAAUUUUUAUUUAUUAAAAAAAAUAUUUAAAUACGCUGUUCUUAUAAAUGUUUCUAAACAGCUGGUAAUGCAGUAAAAUCCUUCAAGAGAUAAACAAUUUCACCACAAAUAAAACAAUAUAACUAAAAUCUGUACAAACAGUGUCUAACAAAAAAAUCUAUGAUUUUACAUAGACAAAGGACAAAAGAGAAAUUUUUAAUGUUACCCAAAAGAUAGUGAAAAAAGAAAAACGUCUAUAAUAAAAAAACAACAACAAGAGAAUCAAUUAAACUAUUAAUUAAAGAACAAAAUUUUAAUUUAACUAACAAAAAAACACUCGAAAAUACUCAAAUAAUUAAAAAAUAUUAAGAAAAAAACUAAACAAAUAACAAAAAAUGGCCAAAUAUUUAAUUACCUUCGUAUUAUUAGCCUUUUUGGCUUUGGAAAACAAUCACAUCUACAAUCGUUUACAUGCCAAAUCUCAUCCCAGUGUUAGCAACACCAAUACAGUGACACAUUUUAUGCGUCAACAUCAGUACCGCCAUCAGACGGCCAAUGUACAUCAUAAACUUAAUCCCACCCAUGAACAGCAUCAGACGCAUCAUGCCCGCAAACAUAUAAAACAAUAUAAGAAACAGAAUUUCGAUAAUGGUCAGGAAGAAGAUGAAACGGUACAGGAUUCGAGGCGACAAAUGGAACGUAUUAAACGUCAUAUGGAACAACAGCGCCAGCAUCGUUUAGAACACAACAAACGUUUGCAACAGCGUUCGCAGAGACCCGUCUACAGUGCUGAGACUUUAAAGACCAUGCCACGUAUUUGGCAACAUUUAUCUAUGGUUUAUGACUAUGAUUAUGCCGAUGAUAAGGAUCGUAUGUAUGGUGAUGGUCCUAUGGAUGGUGAGCCCGAGGAGGAGGAUAUAGUUUUGGAGACUGAUGAAAGUAAUAUUAAAGUAGAAAUACCAUUAACAGUAGCCGAAGCUGAGGAGGAAGAUUCAGCUAGUAAACAAGAGGAAACAGAGAAUCAAAAACACAAAAAUACCGCUGCGGCGCGUUGUCCUAAAUGUGAGAGUAGCCGUAAGGUGGAACAUGUUACCGAGGAAGAACUCACCCGUUUGCGUAUUGAGUUUGUUAAGCAGCAAAUUUUAGAGAAAUUAAGACUCAAAGAACGUCCCAAUGUUUCGGCCGUCGGUUUGCCUAAACCUUUAUAUGAGGGUGUAACCAUUGAGCAGGAAGAGGAUGCCACAGUUAAUAAGGAUUUAGAUGAUUACUAUGCGAGAACGAGUAAAAAGUUUAUCUUUUUAGAAGUUGAAAAGCAUGAAUGUCGCAAAUUAGGUUCUCAACCCUCGAUGUGUUUCUCGUUCAAAAUCGAUGAUGCCGAUGCUGAUGGCUAUGAUGUUAGCACAGCUGUUUUGUGGCUGUUCAAAAAUAAUCCUCAAAAGAUGGUCAAACGCAAUGAUACCCUAUUAACGCAACAGACCAUUGUAGUGUCCGAAGUACAACAGCAAUUAGACUCGAAAUAUUUACCCAUAGUUAAGACAAUUGCCAUACAAUCCGUUGAUGUUCAAGAUGAAUGGAUGAAAAUCGAUAUAGAAUGGCCGAUAAAACGUUGGUUUGGCAAUCAUGAUCUUAGUCAUCUCAUACAAAUCACCUGCCAGUCAUGUGACAUAGAAUCGAUGGAACAUAUGAUAUCCACCGAUAAAGAUUACAGACCCUUUAUAAUGGUCGAUACACAAAAUCGUAAGAGACAACCGCGUCAGAAACGUGAAAUCAAUUGUACGGAUGGUGUCACCGAAUGUUGUCGUGAACAUUUGUAUAUAUCUUUUGAUGAUAUCGGCUGGGGUGAUUGGAUUAUACAGCCCCGUGGCUAUAAUGCUUAUUUCUGUCGUGGCACCUGUGGCAUGGUGGCGAGUAUUUCAGAGUCUUUAUCGGCUCAUAAUACCAUAUUACAGAAAUUUCUUAAUAAACCCGGUAAACGGCGUAAGAAUCUAGAGUUAGUACCCUGCUGUACUGCCAAACAAUAUUCUUCCCUGCAGUUAGUAUUUAUGGAUAGUAAUAAUACAGCCACACAGAAAACAUUCCCCAAUAUGGUGGUAGAAUCCUGUGGCUGUAGAUAGUUUCUAUUUGUUAUUGACUUUAAACUUUUAAAUUUAAAAUAUUUAUUAAUUAAAUUAAUUCAUUCACUUUCACAAACCAAAAAUGAACAACUUUCAAAUCAUAAAAUUCAUCAUUCAUUCCCUUACCCCCCUCAAAGACCCUCCUCAUUUAACCAAAAAACAAGUACCGAACAAAAAUAUAAUUUAAUAAUUAUUUAUAAAAUAGUUUUAAAACUAAAUUAAUUAAAACGCCUAAAGUUUGUUGAAACACUACAAAUUUCACUUAAAUGGAAAUGUUGUUAAGGUACGUUCACAUUGUUAAAUUAUUAUUAAAUUAAAUUAAAUUAAAUCCAAAACUUUUAUAAAUUUUAUAAAAAUUUUUACUUUUUUUCUUAAAAAUAACUAAUUUGUUAAAUGUGAACUUAUCUUAAAGUGCUUUAACCAAAUAGGGCAUUAUUUAUAUAUUAAAUACUGCCAUAGGUUUAAAAUAAGAUUUUUACUAGUUUUUAAUUAUUUAAAUAAUUUAUAAUUUAUUUGUAUUGUACUUAAGUUCUCCAUGAGAAAUUAGAUUUUCGUUUUUUUUUUUUUUUUGUAUUUGUGUUUAUUGUUGACUAGUGUAAUUUAUUAAGGAUAUUCACCGUCUGUCAAUUUAAAAACAUUCUAUAAACAUUUAAUAUCUUAAUCUUAAUUUCCACGUCUAUUGAAUCUAUAUUAAAUGUUUACAGUUGUAGUUUGUACUAAAAUUAUUUUGUCUAGUUUGUGAGUAUCCUAAAUUGUAAAUAUUUAAUUUGUGUUUUUUUUUUAGUUAAUUACUCGGUCACUUGACCUGCCUGAAUAUUUAUCUGAAAACGUUGUAAAAUAUCGUAUUAGUAGUAAAAUUUCGUUAACCGUUUAAACUUUUUAGUCUCUUUUGCUUAAGUUUUUCUUAUGAUUAUGAUUUGUCGUUUAUCAUGAUAAAAAUUUAUCAGUUCAAGACACCGAGUAAAUGUGUCAGGUGAUAUUUUUUGUUUUUUUUUUUCUUUUUUGUAAA